CAGGAUUCAAGAACUAUGCUGAAUGGGACAUUUGUACGAGGAGUGUGAAAUGAGAGUUUCUGAAAGCGUGUACCCGUAUCACUUGGACUCUCACUUUGAAAGAGCGCCUCGCCGUGCCUGCCUGCCUGCCUACUGGAAGUUGCGAGCCUGUGACUUGCUGGCAUCGAGACACAACAGAAUCCCUACUUCCACCGAUUAUACCGGACCAGCAAAGCGGCAUCAUGCAUCCGAACACACUGCUCACCUCAAUCCUCAGCCUCAGCGCCGCAUGCACCGCAUCUCCCCAAAAUCACGGCUACGGCUACGGCCACGGCUACAGCAGCCCAACCACCGGCCUCGCGAAGGCAAUGCGUGAGAACGGACGGUCCUUUAUCGGAACAGCAAUGAAGCUACGCCUAGACGACACUUCCGAACUCGCCAUCAUCAGCAACAACGCCGACUUCAACAGCAUCACUCCAGAAGAAGAUUUCAAGUGGGCGUUGACAGAACCCGGGCUAGGAAACUAUACAUUCGAAAAGGCAGAUGCGAUUGCCGAAUGGGUGGUCGAACAUGGAUAUCAGCUGCACUGCCAUACGUUGCUUUGGCAUAAUCAAUUGUCGGAUUAUGUGGCGAAGGGGAAUUUCAGCAAUGCCACGCUCAUCGAGUAUAUGAAAGGGCAUAUCCAAGCUGUGGCGGGACGAUACAAGGGGAUUUGCACUGCGUGGGAUGUCGUCAACGAGGGUCUCGAAGAGAAUGGCACGUACCGAGAAUCUGUCUUUUACAAGACCAUCGGAGAAGCGUAUAUUCCUUUUGCGUUCAAGUUCGCUCAUCACGCGGAUCCUCACGCCAAACUUUUCUACAACGAUUACAACCUCGAGUCUGCGGGCGACAAGUGGCUCGGUGCUCAGCGGAUCGUGAAGCUGGUGAGGGAGUAUGGUGGGAAGAUUCAUGGUGUUGGGCUGCAGGCGCAUUUGACCUGUGAGGAGAGCAAUCCGGCUCCGAAUCAAACGACUCUGGUGAAGGCCCUGGAAGGCUUGACGGCGCUGGAUGUCGACGUAACCUACAGCGAGGUCGACGUGCGGAUGAAGACUCCCAGUACUCCUGAGAAGCUCCAGACCCAAGCAGAGGUAUAUGAGCGUGUCGCAGCGAGUUGUAUGGAGGUGAAGAGGUGUAUUGGAAUGACGACUUGGGGCGUCUCUGACAAGUACUCCUGGAUUCCAUCCACCUUCCCGGGCGAAGGCACUGGCGAUAUGUGGGACGAGAACUACCAGAAGAAGCCCGCGUACGAUGGGUUCUUGAAAGGCAUCCAGUCGGCCCAAGGCUACUACUGAGCCGUUGUUGAAGGUUAUGAUCUCGAGGUAUAGGAAGUCUCCCGAGAGUAAGGCAGAGGGUGUAGCGAAGUAGAACAUGCCAUGCCCACUCCCCCUUCAUAUCC